AGAGAGUGAGAAAGAAAGAAAGAGUGCAAUUUUGAAAACCUUACUCAAAUGUGAAGAAAGCAAAGUGAAUAUCAAAUAAUCGAUUACCUCGCGGAGUGCGUCUUCAAAGAAAACAAAGAACCAAACAGAUAUCCGUCCGACCUGCCAGCCAUCGAUCAAUUCAAUCAAUCUGCUUCACGACACAACCUAGCCAGUCGGCCACUUGUUAUCAUAUUUGGUGCGUGUGGUGUGUCACUGCUUUCGUAUUUAUAAAUGUAAACAAAACGAAACAAGAAAAAUCAAUAUCAAGCAUUACUCGAUUGGGUAGCCCCCAAAUCUCCCCCAUCUCCCCUUCUACAUUGGAUUGGUGUAUGGGUAUCAUUUAUUUAGUAGAGUUGAAUUUUAUUGUGUUGCAUGGUGUGUGGACUCCUCUUGUUCUUUAUCUUCGACUGAUAAUCUCAUCCCGUUUUGUUUUGUGAUAAUGAAACAGUAAUAAUAGCAGGAAAAAAAAGAAAAGAAAACGAAAGAAAGAAACCCAAAAAACAAGUUCUGGUGUUAUUUGUUUUAAAUGCAUAGAGUGGAUGUGCCUUAAAUUUGCCAUAAUUUUUUUAAUGUCGAAAAAUAAAUGAAAAAAAACGUAAUCGAUUAGAACAAAAACAAACACAACAAAUCGCAGCAUAACAAAAUCAACCUUGGUUUCGAAGAACAAGCAUUUUUGUGACAACUUAAUACCGGGCAAAUACCUCUCACCCCAGCCAUCGAUCUUUGGACAUAUCAACAGUGUUGCAGGCUUAAAGGAUUAAUUUUUCAAAAUAAAGCAUUGAAACAGCCAGCCAUUCUGGCGACCGCCAACUCUGCCCAAUCUAUAUACAAAAUAAUAGAUAUGAAAACGCCGACAAUACACAUUUGAUUGGAUUUUGAUGUUUUUUUUUUUUUCUUAUUUUUUUGCAAAAGAGCACAAACCCCGAACGAAACGUACGCAAAAGUUUACAAUAACAUAUGCCAUUCUCCUCCAGAUACUACACACGCAUCCUCUUCUUACAGAUCACAACGAGGUCUGUUUGCCGUUUUUUUGUUAUUCCGAAUGUAUUUGCCUUCUUUAACAUCUAAAAUAUCAAAGUAAGGCAAGUCGGGCAAAGGAAAUAUUUGAUGUCACAGACACACUCACACGGCAGAUAAAUGUAUACGACUUCAAGCGGAUUUUAAAUUGAAAACGUGCUUGGGUUUUGAAAAUACCAAAGUCCAAACAAGGGAUUCUCCCAAAACGAGCGAUAGUGGCAACAACAAAAACAUUUUUUUGAGAUAACCACGAUGACAGUUAAAUUGGCAAAAUUAUUUGGUAAUUCUUCAACGAAUAACUCCAACUCAUCGCAACACCAGCAGCAACCGCCACCCUUGCCACCCCCAAACCCCCCAACGAACACAUACAACUAUUACAACCAGCAACUGCCUCAAUUGCAGGCCAAGACACAGAAACCCUACAAUCCCUAUAUGAUGGACGAUGAGGAUGAUAAUAUGUCUCUAUAUUCGACAACAGCCUCGAUUAUGACAUCACGAGAUCAUCCGUUCAACAAUUCACAGAGGCCCCUGUUGGCCGACAGGAAACCACAAGUGGUAGUCAAGCAAAGCGGCAACAAUGGCAAUAAGAAGAAACAACUAAACAGUAACCAGAAACAUCACCAACAACAACAACAACAGCACCAGUACGGAGAACAGCAACAACAACAGAAAUCCUAUAUCUCUCCAUAUGUGCAACAACAGAAACGUGAUAGUGCCAAAGGUUUACAUGGCUUCAAUGAUUUCGACAUACUCUCCCAGCAGUACAAUCAGCAUUUGCAGUCCUCGCCGCACAUUGGUUAUCCUUAUGGUAGUCCGCCAUCGCCCACACAAACCUCCUGUGACUUUGUGUUUGAUACAUCAGCAACAAUGGCAACAACAACAUCAAUUCAGAAUCAUCCUGCCUCAAUGACCCGGGGCGGCGAUAGUAGUAGCAUGGAACGGCACAAACAUCACAAUCAGCCUACUCAUCUCCAGCAACAACCAUUUGCCAGCAUUUCUACGGCUCUAACAUCGACGCCACGCUAUGGCAACAUUAGCAAUUACGGUUCUACCUCUGGAGUAGCAGCAGCACCACCACCACCGACAAAUAACUAUUACAAUGCGGCAACGUCAGCAGCAUUAUCACGUGGCGGCAACAGUGGCUCGCCGUACUACGACAUUAAUGAAGCCGAUUAUUAUGGCAAAUCUUUACGUUUCGAAGAUGAUUUCUGUAAUCGCCGCAAUAUUGACUUCGCCAAGUGUCACACCUUGGAUACACCGUCGACCGCCAAUAGCAGUCAUUUGCAUGAGGGUCCUUUUAUCUUCGGCAUCGCACCGGAGCAUCAGACCGAUUUUACACGGAUGCCGGCAGGUGGCCGGUCAUUUGGUGAUAUUUCCGAGGAUUCGGGUAUUACCAAAGAUGAUGACAAAUACUCAACAAAAGGCAGGCAGCAACAAAUCUCAACGAGUGAUACCAGCUCAACGUCACGCGACAUCAGCAGUGCAACUACAACAACAGCCAGCAAUGAUGGCAUUAGCGAAAGCAUUGGCACCGAUGGCAGCAAUAGCUGUCGAAAAGGUGCUGCAAAGUUUUUAUUAAGAAAACGUAAAACCAAGAAAUCUCCAAAAGAAACUAAAUCCUUGAAAUCUCAGGAGAAGCCCUGUGUUAAAUGUGUGGUUGUUGGUGAUUGUGCCGUGGGGAAAACCAAUUUGAUACUCUCCUAUCUUGAGAAUCGUUUCAAUACCGAACAUGUGCCUACAGCAUCAGAUAUUUAUAACGCUGAUGUUAUGGUCAACGAUAGUCCAGUGCAUUUAACACUCUGUGAUACAGCCGGUCAGGAUACAUUAGAUCCACUACGUGAACUCUGCUAUCCAGAUAGUGAUGUAUUUUUGCUAUGCUUUUCGGUGGCUAAGCCAGAAACAUUCCAUGCCAUCAAAACUAAAUGGGCGCCAAAGUUUGCCAAAACAAAGGCAUCGCUGAUGUUGGUCGGUACCCAAGCGGAUUUGCGCACAAAUACCAAUGUACUGAAUAAAUUGCAGUCUAAUGGCGAACAACCAAUCUCAUAUGCAGAUGCCUGGGAUUUGGCAACAACAAUUGGUGCAAAAUAUAUCGAAACUUCAUCAGCAACACAGGAUAAAGUUAAAGAAGUCUUUGAUACAGCUAUCUGGGAAGGCUUAGCACCAUCUAUCUUGCCACCCACACCGGCACCAUUGUGGAAGAGAUUAUUCUGUCUGGCCUAGGGCAGAACUGCAAAACGAGCAUUGAUUGAGCUUAGCUAUGCUGUAAAAGGGAGAAACCGCAAGAAAGUUAUUGAAAGUAAAAUGCAUAAAUAAUAGACUGAUUAAUGUUAUAAAGGAAUAUAUCUGUUAUUUCUACAAUUAUAUUAUGCUAUAACAAGAAAGUAUCUUUGAAAAAAAUUAUUAUUAAGAAGCGAAAUGUCAUCUUUUUUAUUGAUUUACGAUUUUUUAUGAAGUUUGAACCCUUGCUUAAAUUUUUUAAUUAAAAUUUUGCACUUUAAUUUUUGUCCUAAUUGUGUUUUUAAAAAUUGUAUUGUUUGAUUAAAAAUAUCUGAUUAUUUUAUGUAAUUUGUCUUGCUUAAUUUUUUUAUUUAAAUUAAUUUUUUUUAUUAAAUUUUUGGCCCCCUUUUUUAAUAUGGUACUUUUCAAUUUGAUGCUUCCAAUUUACUUACACACUGAUGUACUUUCAUUCAUUAUUUUCACUUAUUAUUAACAACAUUUGUUGUUUCAGUUAAUAAUGUUGAUCUUCUCAUUAAUGUAGAUUGUUAAAAAUUUAUUGCAUUGAAUAAUUAAUUAUAGAAUUUUUGUAUUCUAGUAUUUAUAGUUGUUAAGUUGUAUUAUGGGUCAUUCCAUGUAAAAUUGGAAAAUAGAAAGAAAUUCAGAAGGCAAUCGAAAAAAGCAUCAAAAGAAGAAAAAAUAAAUGCAGUGCUAUUAAAAAAUAAUUUAAAAAUUGUGAAAAUAUGUCAAUACAAUCAAAGAUUUAUUUUCAAAAAUUAAAAUGAAAAGGAAAAAAUUCACAGAAAAAUUAGAAUCCAUUAAAAUUCUACGAUAAUCAAUUUUACGAAUUUUAACGAAAUUUUACGAAAAAAUAUCAAAAGAAGAAAAAUUGAAUGAAGUGCUAUCUAAAAAUAAUUAAAAAGUUGUGAAAAUUUUGUCAAUACAAUCACAUUUUUUUUUUUCAAAAAUUAAAAUCCAAGGAAAAAAAUUCACAGAAAAGUUGGAGUCCAUUAAAAUUCUACGAUCAUCAAUUUUACGAAUUUGAUUUUAAAUUGAAUUACAUGCUAUGCUAAAAUAUCAAACAGUUUUGAAAAAAAAAUUAUAAAAAUAUGUCAUUUAUAAUUUGUAUAUUAUUAAAGUUUUCUUUUAGCAGUUUCAAAUAAAAAAUAAAUAUCAAAACAGAAUAUACUUAAAUUCUAUACUAAAAAGUUAAAUAAUUUUGAAAAAAAAAAUUAAAAAAAUAUGAAAUGAAACAAAUGAAACAUUAUUUUGAAAGUUUGAAGUCAAAUUAAAAAAACGACAUUUUUAGAAAAAACACAUGUAUUGAUUUGAAUAUUGUGCUAAAAAGUUAGAAAAAAUUAAACAAAUAAAAAUGCCUAAUCCAAACAUUUUUUUAAUAGUUUAAUUUUUUUAGAAUUCAAAUUUGUUUUUCAUAUUAUUGUUUUAAAUUAAUUUGAAAAUUUGAAGUCAUCUUAUAAAAACAAAUUUAAAAAAUCAAAUAUUAAAAAAUUAAAAUAUUUUGAAAAAAAAUGAAAACAAAAGUAAAGGCAUUUUAUGUGAGUUGUGCCAAUUUUUGGGAAUCUGUCGAUUUUUUAUUCAUUUUUCUUCUAUUAAAAAAAUCAUAAAUUCUGGAUCUCAAGUCUUGUUCAAAAAAAAAAAAAAAAUAAAUAAAAUUGUUAUAUAAAAUCUUUUAUAAAGGGAAUAUAUGAUAUACUAAAUUUAAAAAAAUUAUUUUUCCUAUCUUUCGUGGAACAAGAACUAUAACCUGAUUUCAAAUUAUUGAAAUAUCUCCAACUUGGUUGAACAUAAAAAAUCUGCACUUUCAUACAAUUUGCCAUGGAAUGACCCCCAUGUAUUAGAAUUCAUUCAUAAUUAUGCGAAAAAUUCUUGUUAUAGGAAAA